GCAUUUUCCCGCUGUGAGAAUUUGUUUUUACAAGUUUUUAAAUAAAUAAUUCGCUUCAUACAAUAAUAAUGUCUUCGGUUGAUUUGAGCAAUUUCUUAAAGGCUUUAGAAGCUGUGAAACAAGACUAUACGUGUCCUGUUUGCAAGGAAUUGUGUAAAGACCCCGUGACAUUGAGCAAAUGUUUUCACAUUGUUUGUAGAGCACAUUUCGAGGGUUUGAAGGUGUGUCCAUCUUGUAAUAUUGACUUGGAAGGCUGCAACAUGACCUAUGAUGACCGUUUAGGACCCUGUAUUGACUCUACUAGGCAACUUGACACUAUGUUCGAGAAGUACAAAUUCGAAAUCACGCGAGACGAAAAUUUUGUUCCCAGUGCUAGUAAACGUAGUAAAUUGAAGAAUGAUAAUGAGAAACCAGACGAUCCUUCAUCUAAACAGGAUAUUUUAGUUGAAUUACGGAAAAAAUCUGCUCAAAAAGAAGUAAACAAAGCUGCUCCUCUUAAAGAAGCUUCUAAUAAUAGAAGAAAGAGAAAAGGCACUCCAGUGGAAAAAUGUAAGGCUAAAUCAAACGAAGUAGCUAAAAAACAAGAUGUGGAGUCAAGAACACGAUCUGAGAACAUCGACAUGUCGUUCACGUCUAAUACGAGUUUGAAAACUAACAAAAUUGAAAAACGUAACAAUAAAGGUGAAACUGUGUUACAUGUAUCAUGUCGUCUUGGGAAAAUUGAUAAGGUAACCGAAUUACUCAACCAAGGAGCCAAUACAAAUACAAAAGACAACGCUGGAUGGACACCAUUGCAUGAAGUUGUCCAAAAUGGACGACUAGACUUAGUUAAAUUGCUAUUGCAGUUUAACACGUUGAUAAAUGUGCCGGGACAGGGUAACGAAACCCCUUUACACGAAGCCGUUAGAUACGGACACUUGGAAAUAGCAGAGGAACUGGUUAAGAAUGGUGCUGAUGUUAAUGCAAAGAAUGUUAAAGGUGAAACCCCUUUGCAGUUGGCUUCCGAUAAAAUGAAAUAUGUGUUAGAGCAGGCAGCGGAAAAUAUAAUUCAAACUCAAGGCAUAAAUGUCACAAUUAUGUCUGAAAUGCAUAUUGAGCAUGAUUAUGAAGAUAUUAGAAUUUACAGUAUUUCCCAAAAGAACUCUACUCUUAAUAGUCUUAAGACGUUGGCCAAGGCACAUAGUAACUUGCACAUUGAAGCGAAGUUUAACAAGAAAGUUACCCAUUUACUCGUCGAUGCUGACAGAGAUGGCGUCUGUCAAACAAGCAAUGAGGUAUUGCAAGCGAUUGUCAGUUCCUUAUGGAUUAUCAGUUCCGAUUGGAUUGAAAAAUCUACAGCAGAGAAGUUGGAACCUUUUGACAAGUAUGAAGUUACUGGAGUCGGUACAACUACUUAUAAGGGACCAAAGAAUUCAAGAUAUAAUAAAUACAAACAACAUCCAGGAAUUUUUGACGGAUGCCAUUUCUACUUUCACAAUUUUAAUAUUAAAUAUGAAGUAUCAAAAACUGUUGUACUGACAAAACAGAUCUUGACUAAAUUGGUAACGGAUGCAGGUGGAGUUGUGCUCAGAAGAGUUCCGAAUCCGGAAUCUAUUCCAGAUUCUGAGAAACUUGUUCCGUACCAUGCUAAAAAGGAUGGGAAAUUGGUGAAUUGUUCGCAUUAUAUUAUUUUUAAAGAUUUGUAUGAACCUAUGUAUAAUAUGCAGCAUUUGAAGGCUUUGCCUAUUGGAUGGCUCAUUGAAUGUAUUGAGAAGUAUGAAUUGUGUGAGCCGUGGUAAAGAUUUUAUAAUUGCUUUUAGAAAUCAGUAACAAAAGGCCUGUUCUGAAGAGUGUAACAAGUUUAUUUCAAUUAGUUUUUGUAACACUUGAACAUCAAUGUCUGUUUUGUAAUGUCUAUCUUUUUUUCCUUGAUGUAAUAAUUGCGCAUUUAAUCUCACUUUAUGGAAAGUGACGAUUAGGUUGACAAUGGAGCAUGCACAUAUUUAGGAGGGCACUUUGAAAUUAGGCACGUCACUACUAAUUUUCAUACAAACCAUACAUAUAUAACAUAAUUUUCAGAACCAUAUUGCAAUGCCCCGUUUGCAGUCAUAAAGAGAACUCAAAAUUACUCAAACACUGUAUUUUUGUAAAUAGUAUUUUUUGUACAGUACAGCAUUUUUUGUUCCGGAUACUUUUCGAGAUUCGGGGCAUCAUCUAAGUAAUUACAUCAAAAAAUGUUUUAAAUGAUAACUUUUUGUCCCAAAAAUAUCCAGGACAAAGAGUCGUAAGGUAGUUUCCACUUUUUGUCUCUGUCCUUCGAUGUUAAUGUAAAUUCACUGCUUGUAACCCUCUAUCCUAAAAAGAUGUCAUUUUGUAAAUGUGGCCGUAUGUCAAGUAUAAUUUUAUUGUAAUCUUUAAUUUAAUUUAAAAAAAGAAGUAAACUUUAUUGUUUACGCAAUUAAAAUACAUAAUUUAAGUCUUCUUCUUUGUUUAUCUUUCCUUAUAAGGAAUAUUUUUGUUAACGUAAUAAAAUUACGCUCUUUAAACCUGUGCCUCUACCUUGAGGUUAGUGACGGUUAAUGCUAGCGACUGCUUAAAAUGUCUGUAUACAAAAUGUUGCUUCUGGUGACCAUACAAAAUUGUGAAGUAAUUUACGCGAUCGCUAGCGACUUCUAUCAUAGUAAACUGGUGGUAGAGGCACUGUUAUUUGUGGAACAUUUUUUGUUUCUUGAAAAUAAAUUCGUACUUUCAAUUAUUAAAAAUAUGUUUUUUAAGUAGGUUCUUUCAGGAAUGUUCUGUU